CGAAAGGUUGUUUUCAAAAAUUCAGGAAUUGAAAACUAUGUCAAAAACAUUGUAAAUGGGAACAGGAAAGAACUGUCCAAUACCAGCAACAAAUAACAUUUUGCCUUAAUGAACGAGCGAAGAACUUUCUAAUUAUUUUCCUAUUCUCACACAAAUCAGACAGAUCAGUUGUGUAACAUCAAUCACAAAAAACCAAAAAAUCAAAUAGAAAAAAUAUCAACAAUGACAGAAUCUGAAUUUUACAGCUUUGUUGUGCCAGAUGCUCAAGGCAAUGACGUUAAACUCUCCGACUACAAGGGAAAGGUAGUGAUGGUUGUGAAUGUUGCCAGCAGUUGUGGUAAAACACCUCAAUAUGCAGGAUUGCAAAAGUUAUAUGAAAAGUACAAGGAUCAAGGAUUGGAAAUUUUGGCAUUCCCUUGCAAUCAAUUUGCUUUCCAAGAAAGAGGAUCUAAUGAAGAAAUUUGUACAUUCACAAGAGACAAGUACAAGGUGACUUUCAAAAUGUUUGCCAAAACAACUGUCAAUGGAGGUGAUACUAUUCCUCUCUACCAGUACUUGAAGAAGGAAGGAGAAGGUUCUCUCUUCAAUGCCAUCAAGUGGAAUUUUACUAAAUUCUUGGUUUCUAAAAGUGGAAAGGUCUUACAAAGAUAUUCUCCAAAUACUGAACCUGAAGAUAUGGAAGAAGAUAUCAAGAAAUUACUUGCUGAAUAAUUUAUAAAUUAUUUCUUUUUCAA